CCCUGGAAGAAACCACUGUGUGGCAGGGAGAGGCAGCCCUCAGCCCACACUUAAACCAGGAAAGUUGACCAAAGACUAGCCACAGAAGUAUAGCUGGACCCCCAGAAAUACUUGAGACCUGGAGCUCCUCCAGGACAACCCAGGCACUAGUUCUCUGUGGCUCUCACCAAUGCCUAAGGGUUCCCUGGGAGGGAGAGGUGUUGACCAAGAGCAAUAAACCAAGCCCACUGAUGAGCAAGCUGGGCAGGCCUUGCUCACGAGGCCAGCCAGUGGGCGGGCCCAGGCCAAGUUUCACUUCCGGCACAGCUGCCAGCAGCAGCCGGGAGCAUAGUGCACGCAAGCACUUGCUUGCCUGCCUGCCUGCCUUCCUGCGUGCCUGCCCACCGGCCCGCCUGUCUGCCGUGUUCAGCAGCACUUUCCUACCCCAGUAUGGGCUCACAGGCCCUGCCUCCCGGUCCCAUGCAGACCCUCAUCUUCUUGGACCUGGAAGCCACCGGUCUGCCCUUCUCCCAGCCCAAGAUCACGGAGCUGUGCCUACUGGCCGUUCACAGAUGUGCCUUGGAGAACAGCUCCACCCCCGAAGAGCGACCACCCACAGCACCCCUGCCACCCCGUGUGGUAGACAAGCUCUCCUUGUGCGUGGCUCCAGGGAAGGCCUGUAACCCUGCAGCCAGCAAGAUCACAGGUCUGAGCACAGCUGAACUCACAGCACAUGGGCGGCUGCAUUUUGACAACAACCUGGCCAACCUGCUCCUAGCCUUCCUCCAGCGCCAGCCACAGCCCUGGUGCCUCAUAGCACACAACGGUGAUCGUUAUGACUUCCCCUUGCUCCAGGCAGAGCUGACUAUGCUGGGACUUAGAGGUACUCUGGAUGGUGCCUUCUGUGUGGACAGCAUCUCGGCCCUGAAGACCCUGGAGCAAGACAGCAGUACCUCUGAGCAUGCCUCGAGGAGGAGCUACAGCCUGGGCAGUAUCUACACCCGCCUGUACGGGCAGGCCCCAGUGGACUCGCACACAGCCGAGGGGGACGUCCUUUCCCUGCUCAGCAUCUGCCAGUGGAGACCACAGGCACUGCUGCAGUGGGUAGAUGCUCAUGCCAGACCCUUCAGCACCGUCAAACCCAUGUAUGGGGUCACAGCCCCUCCUGGGACCAACCCAAGGCCAUCUGCUAUCCCAGCCAUGGCAACUCUGGCCACAGCCAGGAACAGCAGUCCCAGCCUCAAAAGGAAUAGAAGAGCCAAGGCUCUUCCUCCAAGGGUCCCUGGGACCUCAUCCCAGGAAGGGCUCCUGGCCCCUCUGGGGCUGCUGGCCUUCCUGACCUUGGCGAUAGCCACGCUGUAUGGACUAUCCCUGGCCACACCUGGGAGGUAGACUGAGAGGGAAAAUCUGACAAAUAAAUAUCCCCUUAGCACUGAGUGGCAA